CACAACUCCCAUCACCAAUCUUGAUUUCGGCGUUUAAAAACAGACCAAACUUGUCGUUAAUUUAUCGGUGCUUUGGGCCACAGAAUCUCAACAAUGGGCUUAAAAGGUUGUGAAAUACAAUUGGAUAAUCCGUGGAACACCUACUACGCGGGUCAGACCGUCAACGGUCAGGUGAUAUUUACAUUUGACUCGCCCAAAAAAGUUCGAGGAAUCAUCAUCCGCUUCCUGGGAGAGGCCAACACAGAGUGGACAGAGGAGAAGAAUGUGACCACCAGCGAGGGAAAGACGGAGAACGAGGUGACUCAACUAAAGGGCCAUGAAGAGUAUUUCAAGAUCCAGUACUAUCUGCUGGGCGGGAAGAACAGUUCUGAGACAGAACUUCCGCCUGGAACUCAUACUUAUCCAUUUACCUGUGCCCUUCCGCCCAAUCUUCCCUCCUCCUUUGAGGGUGAAUUCGGCCACGUGCGCUUUACCAUUAAGGUGACGCUUGAUCGUCCCUGGAAAUUCGAUCAGGACAUGAAGAUGGCCUUUACAGUCAUAGCACCUGUCGAUCUGAACCUCAAUCCACGCGUCAAGGAACCUUUUAAGCUUGAGCUGGAGAAGUCCUUCUGCUGCUUUUGCUGUCGCUCGGGACCGCUGGCCGUUAUCACGAGCAUACCGCAAACAGGAUUCGUUUCGGGCCAGAUACUGCCUAUCACCUGCGAGGUGGACAACACCAGCAAUGUGAAUCUCACCGCAGUGAAGUUUGAACUGCGCAAGCUGGUCACCUUCCACACGAAUCAGCCUCGGAGCGAGAAGCGUGAGUCCAAGGUCAUCAUAGCCAACUUGAGUGUUGGCCCAGUCAAUGGAGGAGAGUCGCGCACAUUCACGCAGCAACUGGAAAUUCCGGCGCUGCCACCGACCAACCUUCUCAACUGCGGGAUUAUCGCUUUGGACUACGACCUGCACGUGGAGUGCGAUGUCAGCGGUCCGCACCGCAAUCUCACCGGCAAGGUCCCAAUCACCUUGGGCACCAUUCCAUUGGCUGGAGUAAGGCCACCCACCCAGUUUACAGAUGCUCCUUCGGCCGUCCAGUCUGAGGAUCCAUCGCUGGCGCCCACACAGCCAGUAAGUCCGGCCAGUCCCCCGGGCGGCGAUGGCGUGGGUGGUGCACUGGGAUGGAACGUGGCUGACAGCACUGGUGGUGGUGGUUCCCUGUAUCCCAAUAUACCGCCCCCACAGUUUGUGGAGACCCAGUACAAGGCGCCGACCAUCGCUGGACGCGACGACUCUGAGCAUACGCAGAUAAUCGGUGACGGAGCCUUCGCUCCCCGCUAUCCGACCUUCCAGUUCAACAAUGCCACUGCACCGCCAGCGAACCAAUGAACGAAUCUCUCAAACAAUGAUAUUCUACAAUAGUUAAACUUUUACGCGAGCUCACAACAGAGCGAAUUGUACUCAAAUUUUUUUUCUAGUUGCCUCUGGAAGUUUGAUGACUAAAUGAUAUAAGAUAUGGGGUAUUGAAGAGGAAUCUUUUCUUUCGUAAUUUUGAUCGGCUUUGCAUUUAUUGAAUAAAAGCUUUCCGUCCAAAAAGAAAGCACAAACUGCUGCAGUCAAAAGGUGAACUUGCAAAAAAUAAUAAGAUAUAAUUUGAAUUC